GAUCAUCGGCCAUGCCAUGCUGAAUACAUCAGUUCUAACCAUAUCCCGGAAGCUAGAAGCAUCUCAGUAUUUCAGUCGCUACUUAUUAUUAAUCAAGGAACCAUACAAGCACCACACAGAGAGAAAGAGAAACAGGCUAGCGACCGUCUCGUGAAAGGGAAGCCACACCUGCCUGCACGAAGAAAAUGGCAAAAUAAGGGAAAACGAAGAGUAUUUGGAAGGCAGACCGUUCGGAAACCCAUACUGCAGCCACUUCUGCCACUUCUGCCGUCUCUGCAAAUUCAAAUUCCGGACUGCCCUCGACGCUGCAUACACAAACUAUCGUUGACUUCCUGAAAGCAAGCACAUCGAAGGGACCCACAGCGCUUUUUUUUUUUUUGCUUGCAGCACAAAUAGGACGUAAGCGAACGAGACGGAAGCACAUAGAAUAGGCGCUGAAACACACAGGACAGACGUACAUGCCAGGAGUGCAUUAUACUCCCGUGUGGUUAAGUUUCUUUUGCACAGCAAACAAAACAAGUGUGGACACACUCUCCCACCUGUUCAACUUUGAUAUAGCUCAGGUGUCCGUCGUAAUUGAGCGAGGCAUUUGAACCCAAUUGAGCGAGGUCAAGUUCUUUUCACGGUUCAUAAAUAAACGGUUGGAAGUGUGUACACGUCGUUCGUGUGCCCUUACUAUAGAACAAAAUGCCGGACACUUACUGCCACAUUGUCUCGGACGACAGUCGUUAUUCGGAGAGGAAAAUCUUGGUGACACAGGAACAAAACUCGAAGGUGCACCGCGGACAGUAUAGCCCUCGACAUUUUUGAGAGGCAAGCGGCUUCAUCUACAGUCCAUAGACUCACUUGACAGGCGCCACUGCGUUGUGACAUGUUGUACACUGUACACUACAGUCGUCUUCCGUAUACCCUACAAAAAUCAUCAUAUAUAUAGUGUUGUGUUUUAUUGCUCUCUAUCGCCUUUAGUGAAAUCUCUGUUGAGAUGUUAUUGAAUACCAUGCAUUACUUCCUCAAGUGCUCUCUCUCCACUCUCUAUUUUCUUUUCUUUCCCAGUCUUCCCUCCUGUGCGAGUACAGCAGCAGACCAGAGACAAAGUUCAUUUGACCGGCCUAUAGCUGCUUACCUCACACAAAAAAAAUAAAGACAAAAAAAAGGGGGAAGAAAUCUGAUCCAGUUUUCAAGAACGCAGAUCUACUCUGAGAAGCCACCGUCCCGAAUCAAUAUGAUGAGCGAGUGGUGUAUAUGCAUGCCUGUCUUAUUCUCGAGGGCAGAAGAAGAAGUUUGAGGCCUCGUGAAGCGCGAGCCAACGCUUCCAGCGAUCUUGUUCGGACCGUUGAGCGCAGCUGAGGAAACCACGAUGGGUUGCUUGCCGAUGUCCGGCAACCGACUGGGCUUCUCGCAAGUGACCAAGAAGCCCAAGUUCGUGUACGUGGAGGGCAUCCGGCUGUCGCCCGCGCUGACGCAGGACAGCAUCGUCUUCUCGCUCAACUUCGACCCGCUGGCCACGGACAUCGUGAUCGACUCGUAUCCCGGCUGCGGCAGCUCCUGGGUCGUGCAGAUCGUCCACCUGCUGCUCAACAACGGCCACCUCGGGAAGAUCGCCGAGUCGCUCACCAGGGAGGUCUGCUACCUCGAGGCGGAAGGGAACCAGGUCGACUCAUACCGGGCUCCACGGAUCAUCAAGACACACUUACCGUUCAAUGGCAUCGCCUACAACCCUUCAGCCAAGUACAUCUACAUCGCCCGGAACGUCAAGGACUGUUGCGUGUCCAUCUACCACAUCAUGAAGGCGUACCCAGAGGACUAUCAGUUCCAGAACGGGACGUUCGAGGACGUCUUCGAGUGCUUCAUCCGCGGCGAGAUGGAGUACAACGACUACUUCGAUCACCUGCUGCCCUGGUGGAGCUACAAGAACGAGCCCAACAUACUGUUCCUCGUCUUCGAGACCAUGAAGAAGGAGCCCAAGGAGCACGUGCAGAUCAUCGCCAAGUUCCUGGGCGGCGUCGCCAACGACUUCAUCCAGGACCAGAACAAGCUGCAGUCCCUGCUGCGCCUGACCAACAUCCUCUUCAUGAAGCUCAAGGCGCGCGAAUACGCCUCCGUCAUGCCCAAGAGGAAGUUCUUCGUUCGGGAGGGCGUGAUUGGUCAGUGGAAGAACUUCUUCACGGGCGAGCAGUCGCGCCGCAUGAACAACAGGUUCUUCCAGAGGACUGUUGACACGCCCAUGAACCUGCUCUGGAAAGGGAUGGGCGUCUUCGACUGACUGCUGCCGUGUGUGCUUUUGCGACAGCUGCGCAUGCGUAGGUUAUAUUUUUUUUUAAGUAGAGGUGGGCGGAUGCUAAAAUUGCCUUGACCAGGCAGUCGGUAGUUUAGAUAGGUGUUUCACAGGUUAGUGUUUCAAUAAAUUGUUCACAAUUA